UCUUGCACUUUCGUGUUUGGACUUUUUUUUUUCUCUUUUACCAAAUUGAACUCUUCCAUCUUCAUCCUCCUCCUUCUGAUUCUUGAUUCUUCGAUUCCUGCCUUCCUCUUCUUCAGCGUAGGCGUUUCUCCAACUCUCCCGCCUCCCAAAUUCAUAAUCUUUGCCGCUGAUUUUCGCUUCAAAUUUCCAAAAACCCUCUUCGAUUCAAACUUUUAACCUAACCCACUUUUCAAUUCUGCCUUUUUAGGGAAGAUUGUCGUCCAAAAUUACAAUAGAUCGAUUGUUCUCAAACUUUUAGUUGAUGGGCACAAUCAAAUCGUUUAGGGAAGCCUCUAAAGCCUCUUCGAAUCAAUCUCAUCCUCCGCCGGUGACCUCCUCUACCGCUCGAUUCGAGACCGUUAAUGUUACGCAUGAUUUCAAGAUCAAUGGGUACUCCCUCAACAAAGGUAUGGGAAUUGGGAAAUACAUUACAUCGGAUACAUUUCUUGUUGGUGGGUACGAGUGGGCUAUCUAUUUCUAUCCCGAUGGUAAGAGUAUGGAGGACAACGCGGCGUAUGUCUCUAUUUUCAUAGCGCUGGUCAGCGACGGCGCCGACGUUAGGGCUCUUUUUGAAUUGACGCUUUUCGAUCAGAGUGGAAAGGGGAAUCAUAAGGUUCAUAGCCAUUUUGAAAGGAGGCUCGAGAGCGGUCCAUACACCCUUAAGUAUCGUGGAAGCAUGUGGGGUUAUAAACGUUAUUUCAAAAGAACUCUUUUGGAGUCAUCAGAUUACCUUAAAGAUGAUUGCCUCUCAAUUAAAUGUGUUGUUGGUGUUGUUAAAUCGCAAACGGAGGGGCCUAAAAUCUAUUCUAUAACGGCACCUCCCUCAAACAUUGGUCAGCAAUUUGGGAAGCUUUUGGAAAGUGGUAAGUGUGCUGAUGUCAAUUUUGAAGUAGAUGGUGAAAUAUUUGCAGCCCACAAGUUGGUCAUUGCAGCACGUUCACCUGUAUUCAGGGCACAACUUUUUGGCCCAUUGAAGGAUAAAGAUACUCGAUGCAUAAAGGUUGAAGACAUUGAGGCUCCUGUAUUCAAGGCGUUACUUCAUUUCAUGUACUGGGACAAUCUACCGGACAUGCUUGAGCUGGUUGGUGCAAACUCUAAGUGGGCAUCAACUCUGAUGGCUCAACAUCUUCUUGCAGCUGCAGAUCGUUAUGCAUUAGACAGGCUUAAAUGGCUUUGUGAGGCUAACCUCUGUGAAGAUAUUGCCAUAAAUACUGUGGCAACUACAUUAGCUUUAGCAGAGCAGCACCAUUGUUUCCAAUUGAAAGCUGCAUGCCUCAGAUUUAUAGCCAUGCCUGAAAAUUUAAAAGCCGUAAUGCAAUCUGACGGGUUCGAUUAUCUCAAGGAAAGCUGCCCUGCUGUUCUUACUGAGCUACUGCAAUAUGUGGCAAGAGUUACUGAACACAACGUACUUGCUUCUGGGUUUGGGAAUUUGACAUUUUUAGAUGGCAGCGAUCUGAAUGGAAGGCGAGUGAAGCAAAGGUUAUAUUGAUGAACUACUUUGGAAGCAAAAAGCACAGGGAAACCAUUGACCUAUUAGGAAUUAGACAAUUUUUUUCCUGUAUUCAAUUGAUGCUCUAAAAAUUCUUGUAUGAAUUAUAAAAUAUUUUUGUUGGUUGUCUAUUUUAAAUCAAAUGAAGUAACAUUGGCAAGGUAUGUGGUUUUAGUUUGUACAGUAGUGUUUGUAAGGGCCACCCCUGAACAAGAAAAAGGGUCAGCUGUUGAGUAUUAGCUCGAGAAAAAUUAGGAAUAUUUGGUCCUUCAGCAAUGUUAUGGACAGUGAAUGCCUGUUGAUGUUGAACUUCUGCUGUACUAAGGAAACAUUGAUUUGUUCAUAUCAAAGUGCAUAUAAUUUUUAUUUUCUUA